AUGGACAUAGGAAGAAGAACAUUGAGCGAGGAGGACUUUAGCAGUAUCUGGUGCUCGAUAGAGAGGGAGCUGGGAAAGCUUGCCUCUGGAGGUCUGUGCAGCGCACUGGAGAUUUACAACAAGAUAUACGUAGUGUGCACAUCAUCCACUCCCCGUCUUGAGAGCAGGCUGUACUGGAAGAUAGGGGACUUUAUCUACAUGAGAGCCCGGGAGAUAAGGAGGGAGGUGUUUGAUGCCAAGGAUUGGAUUGAGGAGUAUAACAGGGGGUUCAGGAAGUUCCGGGAGAUGGUGUUUGCAAUUGAUGAGCUGUGCGACUUCCUGAACGAGUGUGUGAAAGGAAGGACGAUGCGAGACCUUGGGUUUCUUCUGUGGGAAAGAUGUGUGCUGCAGCAGACUGCGAAGUACAAGCACACGACGCUUGGGUUUGAGCUGGUGAGUCAGGGGAGGAUUGAGGUUGUUAAGGAGGCAAUAGAAUCGUUCCGGCUGAUUGUCCCGGAUGCAAAGAAUCCCAUGCUGUAUUACACACAGAGGUACGAGCAGUUUGCACUCCAAAAGAUCGGAUGCAAGUAUUCGGAGGAGAUAAAAUCGGCGUGCGAAGAAGUCGAGAGGUACUCGUUCUAUGUGAGAGAGAAGAUUUUCUAUGAGAAGAGUAUCCAAGACAAGAUAUUCCUUGAGGAGUCGUGGCCAAAGAUGGAGAUGAUACUUGAGGAGGUGUUUAUACUGAACAAAAGGGACUACCUGCUUUCCGAGAUCCACAGGAUAAUGUCCAUGUAUAGGCUUCCUGUUGAGAUUCUUGCAAAGAUUUCUGGAGAGGGGGAAUGUGACAAGCAUAGGACGGAUUCUGGAGGCCAUCGAACAAACGAUUUCUAUGAGCUGCAGGGGGGCUCGGGGGCUAGAAAGGCUCACAACGACGUUUUUCUGGAGAAGAUGUCUGUUCUUUACAGGAACCUGUCGGAGUUCAAGUCUGCAUAUGCGAUUCUCCAGGAGGUGUUUACUCGGUAUGUGAGGGACGAGAGCGAAAAGCACAUCCAUGUGUAUAGUAGAAGCAUUGAAACACUGUACGUCUUCCACUGCAUGCUUAGGCAUGUUGUAGAUGUUGGGUUUCUGGGGGACCGUGAAUGUCUCAAGAUACUGAAGAAGGAGUUUUCUGCGAGUUGUAUGAGGCUAAAGCCGUCUCUGGAAGCAAGGCUGCUUGAGUUUUCUGGGUGCAUUGUAGGGAAUAGCGGAAACGCAUUUAAGUUUCUUGACAGCGAGUUUGAGGGAGCAGAUGAUGGAGGACGGAUGUCGCUGCCGUUCCUGGGAGAUGGGGAAGUAUGUGGAGACGGCCCUGGGCUGGGUCAGUCAUUUUGUGGAAAGAAUGACUUUCUGCGGCAGGUGUUUGGUACUUUGUAUAAGAUGGUGGAAAACAAGCAUGUGUUUUAUGAGAUGUAUCUUUCUGGGCUUGGAAAGAGGCUGCUUGAGGGGAAUCCGAAUCUCCAGGAAGAGAGAAAGUUGAUUUCCCUGAUGAAGAGAAAAAGCAACCAGGACUUCAUGAAGAAGGCCGAGACGAUGAUCGCGGACAUCAGCAUCUCACUGAGCUACAACAAGGAUGUGGACCGAUUUGUGUGGAUUCUGACGCAAGCAUACUGGCCGAUGCAGGCAGAGAGCCAGAGCACUCGAAUUCCAGCACCGCUUGAGAUGAUAAAGAAGGUGUACGACUCGAAGUUCAACAAGAAGAGGCUGCAUUGGGUAUGGCAUCUUGGAAGUGUGUGUGUGGAGAUCCGUGGGGUGGAGAUCCAGAUGAAUGUCCUCCAGUACUCUGUUGUCGACCUCUUCAAUAAGCAUGAGGAGAUUGACUUUGAGAAAGUUCUUGGGCUUGUGAAGAUGGGGACAAAGACCACCGACGAUGUCCUCAGGUCUCUAGUUGAGAGCAAUCUUGUGGUCCGCGCUGGAGACUGGUACAGGAUGGGAGAUGUGUCUAAGGUUGGAGAAGACAUUCGGGCCUUUUACUGUAGUGAGAGUAUCUGUAUGGCACACGAAAUAGACAGGAGUGCAUACUACCAGUCUCUUGUGUCGCGCAUACUAAAAAGAAGAAAGAGGAUGUGCCUGGGGGACAUACUGAAGGAGAUUCUCGCCGAGCACACCGAGAGGUUCGAGUACGAUGAGGCCAUGUUUUCUGAAGGUGUUCGGACUCUUGGGGACAAAGGAAUCAUAGAGGAUGUGGAGGGGAUCUAUGUUUAUCUUCCCUGA